UCCCCGCCCUUCCGGCUCGGCCUCGCCUGCGCGCCCUGGGGCCGCACAGCUCUGGGAUCUCGGAGUCGCAGUCCACGCCGCGGGUGACUGUCGGCGGGGUGCCAACCGCUCGGCGCCUGCGCAGACGGCGCGCGUCCGUCACCAUGACAGCACCCGCUGGGGGCCCGGGAUCUUGGAGUGAAAAUAUACUGGAAUAUUUUCUGAGAAAUAACCAGAUUACAACAGAAGAUGGCGCUGAGAUCAUCUGGUAUCAUGCAGCUAACCACAAGGCACAGAUGAACGAGGCAUUGAAAAGUACUGCUCACAUGAUAGAGGCCGAUGUCCUUCUUCCAAGUGAUGGAUCAGAGCAUGCACAACCAAUCAUGGCCCACCCCCCUGAAACAAACAGUGAUAAUACUCUGCAGGAGUGGCUCACUGAGGUUAUGAAGAGCAAUAAAGGUAUCAAGCUGGAUUUCAAGAGUCUGGCAGCUGUGGAACCAUCUAUGAUGCUCUUGGAAAAUGUGAGGAGGCAUCUGAAGUGUCCUGUAUGGAUUAAUGCUGAUAUUCUCCCUGGUCCAAAUGGAAGUAGCAAAGUAGUAGAUGCAAAACCAUUUAUAGACACUGUGACAUCCUUCUUUCCAGAUGUGACAUUUUCCCUGGGUUGGACAACAGGAUGGCAUCCUGAGAAAGUCAAUGAAGGGUACAAUUGGACAAUGGUGAAGGAGAUGGAAUAUAUAUGCAAUGAACUGGAUCAGCCUGUGACAUUCCCUGUCAGAGCAGCAUUAGUCAGGCAAUCUUGUUCUCAGUUGCUUUGGCUGUUAAAGAAAUCAAACAGGUACAGCCUGACUCUUUGGACUGGAAAAAAUGAUAACUAUUCCAUUGAAGAUUUACUUUAUAUUCGAGACCAUUUUGAUAAAAGUCAAGUUUUCUAUGAUAUUUUGGAACCACAAAACCAUGAAUUUAAACAGGCCAUUGGAAUCAAAGUGACUCUCUAAGAAAAACAUUCUUCUAAAGUAUUUUCUGUGUUUUGGUAUUAUAAGCCUCUGCUUUGGUCUGAAUUAAUUGCCAUGAUUAUUGGCUUGUGCUCAAUUUAUCUAAUUAAAAAGUACUUAUUAUAUGCUUACUCUGUUAUACAUAUAUCCUUGUAAUGCUUCAUUUAUAUAAAAGAUUUGGUAAGAAGAGACUUCAGUCAGCUUACUAUACUAAUAAUUUACCAAACGUCUCCAUAGCUAGAUUAUAAAUUUCUUCACAAUAAAGGUGCCUAUGUCUGUAUCCCUUGGCAUGGUCCUGAGCUGGGCAUUCAGAAAAAUGUGUUGCUUCUUAUUUUAUUAAAACUUUAUUUACCAGAGAAUGUCCUAGGGUAUAUUUUGCCUUUUGUUAAUCAACCAUUUUUCUCCCAGAAAAUCAGUUAGUUCUGUAUAGAGAAAAGAGCUCUGGUUCUAAAUGCAGACUAACUUUCUUUACAGCCCCAUUUCUGUCCUUUACUAACCACAGACUUUGGGCAAUCUUUAAUAUCACCAACUCUUAGCUUACUCAUCCAUAAAGUGGGGAGUAAAAUGAGACUUCUCUCAUGGAAUUGAGGAUUAAGCAAGACUCACAUAACACAGUCAUCUAACUUAGUACCCUCACACAGUCAAUGCCCAACAGAUAAGUUUCUUAAAAAAAAACAAAAAAAAACCCUAUAUUUAUGUACAUUAUAGAUAGACAGCUCUAAGAGAUACAACAUAAAACACUGUAGACAUAUAAAUACUUAAGUAAUUAUAAUAUGUCUACUUUAAUGUUCAUCUCCAGUUAAGCACAGUGCUAUUUGUCAUAUAAUAUCUAAAACUUCAUUUUCUGUGGUUGUUUGCCAAAGGUGAAAGGUGCAAUUUCAUUUUAAAAUAUUACCAAUUGCAAUAAAAAAUAAUUUAAAAAUUACAGUAAAAAUUUUGUUUUCUACAAUGACAAAAACAUUACUUUUAUACAAAGACUUGACUUACUAAAUAAUCUGCAUUUUGAUGAAAUUUUAAAUAAAAUUUAUUUGUCCAGAAGGAAUUGCUACUUGAUUAUCUUUGAUAACAUUUUAAAAUAUUAAUAUUAUGAUUCCUUUAUAUUGAGAAAUCUAUAAACCAAAUGUCAUUUGGAUUAAGAUGUAAAGGUGUUCUUUAAACUGUUCUCAGGAACAAAAAAGCACCUAAGGUAAUUAUAAAAUGUGUUCUGUUAAAAGUAAAUUUUGAAUGACUGUGCAUAUGGGAAAAGUAACCUUGAAUCCCUACUUCACACCAUGCACAAGUAAUUUGAGAUCUUAGGCCUAAACAUGAAAGCUAAAACUACAAAGCAUUUAGAAGAGAGUAAGAAUUUUUUUGUGAUUUUGGAGUAGGCAAAAUGUUUUUCUUUUUAAAUAACUCAGAAAGCACUAACUAUGAAAGAAAAAAAUUGAUAAAUGAACUUAUCAAAAAUUUAAAACUUAUAAAACCACCAUUGACAUACAUCUGACAAGGGCUUAUAUUUAGAAUAUGUGAAGAAUUUCUGUAAAUUGAUAAGAAAAAGUAAAAAAAAAAAAAAAAAAAACUAGUGAGAAGUGAGAAAAGACUUGAAAAAAUGCUUCACAAAA